CGAGAUCCCCCCCAGACUCGCCCAGUCGAUCCUCGGCCUCUUCCACCUUCCCACCUCCGUCCUCACAUCCCGCGCCAUGAAGCUGCUCACCCUCGCUGCCUUUACCCUCGCUGCCCUGGCCGCUCCCGCCAUGGCUGCCCCGACUUCGGCUGCCGUCGGCGCCCAGAAGGUGGUCGGUGGCUACCUCCUCAUCAACCCCACUGACGGCGCUGCCAAGAUGAAGGCUCUCGCUGCCAACGCCGCCACCAUCCCCGUCAACCGCAUCUUCAUCUCGUUCGUCCGCCCCGACAUGGUCUACGUCCCCGGCAGCAACUCUCUGCAGUAUACCGGCCUGGGCUACGCCUCGGGUGGCGACUACGGCUUCGCCGAGCUCAAGGGCUACAUCCAGCAGCUCCAGAGCAACGGCGUCGAGGUCUUCAUCUCGAUGGGUGGAUGGAACUACAACUGCUACCCCUACUUCUACAUGAAGUACAGUAUCUCCUCGGGCCAGCCCACCCCUCCCUCUGGCCCCAACGCCUGGAAGAUCCAGCAGUACGGCGGCGGCAACAUCAGCGGCUGUACCGAAGCCAACCAGUUCUGCUACGUCUGCGAGCCCCCGUCCCAGGGCACUUCCCUCUCGGACUUUGUCAUCUUCCCCGAGCCCGGUUUCUCCAAGACCUGGCAGCAGGCCCAGGCCUACGUCACCAAGCAGGCCGACCCCAAGAUCGCCCCGAUCUGGCACUCGGACAUGAUCCCCGGCAACAGCUACACCGACCCCAGCGACAGCACCAAGGUCACCACCGUUCCCGGAAGCAACUACUUCUACUCCCAGAGCCGCGAUCCCUACCAGGACCUCGUCUACCUCGCCAAGGACCUCGGCCUCAGCGGUGUCGAUAUCGACUACGAGGAGAUGUGGCACGCUGAUACCUUCCGUAUCCCCGACCCCGCCGUCUCGUGGGCCACCGCCGCCCAGGGUCCUUAUGAUGGCUCGCAGACCGUCUACAAGUACUCGGCCAUCGUUCAGGACUUUGUCAUCAACAUCCAGAGCAUCUACCCCUCCCUGAAGCUCUCGACCGCCGCCGGUGCUGCCGGUGCUGCCGGUGGCAACUGGUGGGGUGGCAACCUCAAGAACACCUGGCUCAAGGCCAACCAGCACUUCCCUGAGGCCAUCGGCUUCAUGUACCAGGGCGCCAACGCCGGUGGUCUGAACAUCAUGACCUACGAUCUGUCCAAGGGCCCCAACGAGUGCCCCGACACCACCGGCCAGACCGCCUGCGAUCUCCCCGGCCAGGUCGGCUUCUAUAUGAAGAGCUACCAGGCCGCCGGCAUGCCCGCCUACGUCGGCUACGAGAUCGGCACCCCUGCCUACCCCGAUCCCACCAAGGAUCCCACCAACCAGCUGCCCCUCACCAACGAUGCCCUCACCAGCAUCAUCACCAACACCCAGCCCUCGUACAGUGGUGGCUUCUUCUGGGAGCUGUACAAGCUUGCCGACUCUACCUCCAACGCCAACGCCACCGCUGUUGCUCAGCGCAUCUGCAGCACCAUUCUCGGUGCCAACACUCCCCGCUGCUCCGGUGUGAUCCCCGAUCCCUCCGCCGUUGUCUCGACCUCUUCCGCCUCCUCCACCACUACCACUACUACCCCUGCUCGCACCACCACCACCACCACCACUACUACUACUACCACCACCACCAAGCCCACCACCACCACUACCACCACUAAGCCCACCACCUCCAGCACCACCACCACCAAGCCCACCACCUCCAGCACCACCACCACCAAGCCCACCACCUCCAGCGCCACCACUACUACCACCCCUGCCCGCACCACCACCACCACUACUUCGUCCGCCGCCCCCUCGUCCACUCCCGGUGGCAACGUUGCUGGUGGAGCUUGCUCUCCCGGCUACGGCUGCUCUGCCGAUCGCCAGAGCGUCCUUGUCUGCUUCAACGGCUCGUGGUUCUCCAUUGGCACUUGCGCCUCUGGCACCUCUUGCGUUGACAACGUCUACGUUUGCGCCUAAGCGGGUAUCCUCACCCCCUCCCUCCGCCUUUUAACCCCUUUGUAAUCUCUUUACGAUGAAUAAUGUCUAGACAGUGUUGUCUCCCAAUAUCAACCUCUCCCCAAUUCGCGCUCUACAUCUCUGCUCUUUGCUCCAAAGUUGGUGCGACGCCCUCGAACCUGAAAAAUGAAUGAAACCCCCCCCUUUCUCUAAUUAUCUCCUGGAUGUGGAUUUGAUAUCUGUCUCUGGUGUGGAAUCUCUACUUGGUCGUGUGUAUGUUUGGAGGAGGGUUUGCUCCCUUCCGAGAACCAAUAUAUUGUACAAUAUAACUU